AAUAUCCUCUAACAACUCCUUACUAAUCAAAUAGUACAUAAUACAAGAUUAGGUAACUCUCUAUUACAAAAUUCAAUCAUCUGGGGCUUAGCACAACAAACAAAGUCAAAGGAAUCAGAAACUUCCAUGACAUAAGAAUGAGAAAUUAAACAGCAGAAGAAAUCAAAGAGAGUAGGCAAGGGGGGAAGGAACAGAGGAUGAAGACGUUGAAGAGCUCUGGCAGACCAAAGAACAAAAAGCUUGGCAAUCUCCUCAUCAUCUUAUGCACAAUCUUCUCUCUAUGCUUUCUCUCUAUUUUCAAAGCUCACUAUUGCCCUGCUCCCUAUGGUCUCUCUCUCACCCUCAAAUCUCUCUCUCUCUCUCUCUGGAUUCAUUUUAUCAAUGCUAAGCUUAAACUAAUUGUUAUUGCAGUGAAAUCACAGGCAAGUUUGAAAUUAGAAGUGUCUGACGAGAAGGUUGAUGUGGAGAUGGUGAUGGAGGAUGCUCUUCAUUCUUCUUUCAAAGAUGAUGAAGACGAGUACAACGGCGAAGAAGGACCAGAACCGAUAUGCUACAAUCCAACCGCAACAUCAGACCCCUGCGUCGUCGAAGGCGAUAUCAGAAUACAAGCAACCUCGAGAACUAUAUUCAUCCCCUCCUCUCCUAAACCCUCUCAAAUGUUAAAAAACAGAUGGACCAUCAAGCCCCUCUCUGACGCCAGCCCUCCUCCGUGCACCAAGAAACACUCCUCCCCCGCACUCAUCUUCUCCACCUACAGUUUCACCGGAAACCACUUCCAUGACUUUGCCGACUUGCUCCUCCCCCUGUAUGUCACUUCCCGCCACUUCCAUGACGAAGCCCACUUCCUGGUUUCCGAUGCCAAACCCUGGUUGCUUGCCAAGUUUCGCAGAAUCUUAACUACAUUCUCGUAUCACAAACUCAUGUACGCUGAACCUGGCAUCGUCCACUGCUUUCCUAAAGCAUUCAUCGGACUGACGCCAUCCAAGCCUAACAGUGAAACACUGUCGGGCCUCAGGAAAGUGCUCAGGCGAGCGUUCAGGCUGAAGCGAGUCAAGACUAAGGCCACAGCUAACAAGAGACCGAGACUGAUGAUCAUAUCGAAACAGGGAAGUGCUAAAGAUAUAAUGACGACAGCGACGAGCCUAGGAUUCGACGUCAGGGUCGUCAGGGAGCCCAACGUGACCACCGACGUGACCAAGUAUGCACGGUUGGUGAACUCGGCUGACGUUCUGGUUUGUGUUCAUGGUGAAGGGGUGAUGAGUUUGUUAUACCUGCCUAAAGGUGCGGUGGUGAUACAAGUGAUACCCUUGGGAGGUAUAGAGAAGAUGGAAAGGGAUAGAGUUAAGGAGACAAGCGUUGCGAUGGGAGUUAAGUAUUUGGAAUGUGCUGGGGAGGAGAAUGUGAGGAUGGAUUUGGGGAGGAUCAGGGGGACAUUGUUGGAGGCACUCAAGCUUGUGAGAAAAGAGUAG